AUGCUCUGGAAACUCCUCUGCCUGGUAACAGGGUCCUCAAUCCCGAUAAUGGUGGUAAUAUCGGAGUCCAUGGCACCCGCGUUCCACCGCGGCGAUAUCAUUUUUCUCUGGAACCGGUCGAAACUCGUGAAUGUGGGGGAUAUCCCGGUUGUUUGGUUUAGGAGUCAGCCGUUGCCGAUGGUGCAUCGCGCGGUGCAGGUUUUUGGGGAGGGUGUUGUGCAACAUAUUUUGACGAAAGGAGAUAAUAACUACAUCGAUGAUGUUGGGUUGUAUCCUCCCGGACGGUCGUGGGUGCGGAGGGAUGAGGUUGUCGGUAUUGUUAAGGGGUAUUUGCCGUCGUUGGGGUGGUUGACUAUUGCUGCGAACGAAAUGCCUUGGUUACGGGGGAUGGGAAUUGUUUUUGCUUGUCUUAUAGGGAUGGUUUCAAAUUAA